UUUCUCUUGAAGGCUGAAUAUGAUCCCAAAUGAAUUAUGAAGACAAACAGUUCUCUAGUGCACUGAUGCAAACCGGAAAUUGAUUUCAUUAUUCAAACCAAGCAAUCAAUCAACUUAAAAUACCAUUAAAUUCAAAAUACACUCUAAGUCCAAAUCGUAUGGCAGGUAAUCAAAAGAGAUGAUCCCCAGCUCAAAGCAUCCGAUAUAAAGUAUUAGUUUUGUCACUGCAUGUAUGAACGCAAAGGUGAUUCCCUAUAAUAAUCAUUUCAAGGCAGUAAGAACAUCUUGCAUGGACAGGGACUGUAAAUUCUCUGUGCCUUCAAAAAACUCAUCAUAUGCUAUUUUAACUUUCAGACUGGACUCAUGUACUGGCCAUUCAUGCAGUUUCUGAACUUUAUCCUGAUGCCGGUGCACAUGCGGACGGCCUUCAUGGGCUGCUGCGCCUUCCUCUGGGCCUCCUUCCUGUGCUUCUCCCGGCAGAGCGGGGAUGGCACUGCCGGCGUUGCUCUGGCUUUUGUCAUGGACCCCCGUAAGACCCUGGAGGAGAUACGCGAGGCCCGGCUGACCCGAAAAAAGGAAAAGACCCAGAGGGAAAACUGAAGGGAGGAGGAGGAGGAGGAGGAGGAGGAGGAGGAGGCUUCUGUCUUACCGGCCUUUGGUUGCAGGACAGAUCGGUGUCCACUUUGGGUUAGCUGAGGAGCUGAGGAGCAGGAUAAUGGUUAGAAAAAGAAACGCGUGUGUCUGUCUCAUACGCACACAGCUUGACUGAUCCGGACUUUGAAGGCUGACGGAGUAUUACCCACAGGGCUUUCCUUUCUUAAGGCUUAGGUGCAGAACCCAACCCGAAGAAAUGUAUAAUCCAUGUGAGCAU